GGGAGAGAAAGCAAAACAGGUCAGCACUCCUUCAGUAGACUGUGAACCUGCACAGUAGGACACAGCCCUCUCCAGACUGAGAUAUUUCCUUCUGAAGGUCACAUUGGAGAAAGAAGGACGGCCGCUUUAAAAGUUGCAAGAAUUGAGUGAAGAUUCCUGUCAUUGUCUGCAGAGCUAGGCUAAAGUCUUCCGGGGUUCAGAGCCUGUUCAGCUCCAGCUGCCAUGACAGACACCAACGCCAAAGCUUCUCAGUGACACCCUAUGACAGGGAAGGAUGGGUGAUGGACCUGUGAAAUUCAGCAGACUCUCUCCUCCUUAUCCCAUCCUCUCAUGGAGCGUCCUGUCACACCGAGCCCCUCCUGGAACACUUCUCUCUCCGAUCUUCCCAUAUCUUCAGCCUCACUGCACCCGAAUAUCUCUAACGUGACCUCGCCGGUCGCGAGCAUCCGAGGUGGGGUUGAUCUGAACCAGUCCUUGGCGCUGUGUGCUAUGCUCAUCAUUGAUGUGCUGGCAGUUGUGGGGAACUUGGCCGUGAUGAUUGUCAUCACCAAAACACCGCAGCUGCGAAAGUUUGCCUUUGUGUUCCACCUGUGUCUGGUGGACCUGCUGGCAGCGCUGGUGUUGAUGCCUCUGGGGAUGCUCUCAGACCGGAUCCUGGUGGACGAGGCGCUGUGUCGGAGCUACCUCUGCUUAAGUGUGUGUCUCGUGAGUGCUGCCAUCCUCACCAUCUGUGCCAUCAACGUAGAGCGGUACUACUACAUCGUCCACCCCAUGCGUCAUGAGGUGAAGAUGACGGUGGGGGUGGUGGUGACGGUGCUGGUGGGAAUCUGGAUUAAAGCCGUUUUCAUGUCAGUGCUGCCUCUCCUGGGAUGGCUGCUCCAGGCGAACCAGGCUGCGGGGACUCCUUCAGUUCUCAUUCACAGUCAGAGACACUGCUCCCUUCACUGGACGGGAGGCAGGACCACACGGCUGCUUUUCAUGGUCUUCUUUACAUUGAUCUAUUUUCUGUGCCCCAUGCUGAUCAUUCUGGUGGUCUACUGCAACAUGUUCAAGGUGGCGCGAGUUGCAGCCAUGCAGCACGGGCCCCUUCCCACUUGGAUGGACAUGCCGCGACAACGGUCUGAGUCCAUCAGCAGCCACUCCACCAUGGCGGCAAGCCUCGGUGGGACUGGUGCCCGCACAACUCCUCAGAGGACCUUCAGCGGCGGGAAGGCUGCAGUGGUGCUGGUGGCAGUGGGAGGCCAGUUCCUCUGCUGCUGGCUGCCAUAUUUCUCCUUCCAUCUCUACUCGGCUGUGGUGUCUACUUCUCCCGCCUCGCUGGCCCAGCUGGAGGAUGUGGUCACAUGGAUUGGCUAUUUCUGCUUCACCUCCAACCCUUUCUUCUACGGCUGCCUGAACCGGCAGAUUCGCGAGCAGCUAGGCCGCCACCUGGCUUGCCUCUUCAAGCGGGCUGGGCCCAGCGAAGGAGAGCAGCUGCCCAGCCGUGAGGCCUCUAUUGAGGAGAACUUUUUGCAGUUCCUUCAGGGCACUGCAUGCAAUAUGGAGCCCUGCAACUCUCACAGCCAAGCCAGCCCAGAGGAGCCAGAGACUGAAGGCCGUCAGGAAUCAGCUGUUCAGCAGAACACACCAGCUGACUUCCACAUCCCGGGGCAGAUCCUUGAGGAAACCUCCGAGUUCAUACAGCGGCAACAGCUGAACAAUGAGCUACAUGUGUCAGAGAACUGCUGCACAACUGGACCAGAGCUGUAGCUGGCUCUAUUUGACCAUCUAUAAUACAAUAAAUGUAAUUAGUUUCAUUCAUAUUUUCUUUAAUGUGUUGAAUUAACUAACUAUCUGCAAAACAUAGUGUCUUCUUCGAGGAAUUUUGGUUGUGUGGCUUUUCAGAGAAAGACAAAGCUGAAUAUCUUGUGUAAAUCACUUCACUUGUAUCAGUCAUGGAGCGUUACAUGUUUUUAGAGCCACACAGUGUCGGACUGUUUUCUGUGGGAUGUUAGCAGAUGGACACUAAACCAUUGUUAACCACGGGUCAGUGGUGUGACACACAUCACAUUAACAUGAAGGAGUGCUGAAACUC